CACGAAGCGACUAGCUUCUCUCACUCUCUGUCGGCUUUCUUAAGGACACUCUUCUCUCACUCUCUAGAUGAACUACAAACAAAAAAGAUGUCGCUCUUCAUUGGUUACAACAGCGGCCCUUUGCCUUCUCACUUCCGAGGCGAGAGGAGACCUCGUCUUGGGGUCCUACAGCAACCUUCUCCGUUUGCUUAUGAUCGCCUUCAUGGAGGAGUGAGAUCCUUUUCGUUUCAUCUGCCUCUACAACUUGUACAAGGACCACAACAAAGACCAACAGCGAAGACGAAGAUUGCGCGUACGAUGAUACGGCCGACAAGACGAAGACUACACGCCUUCGCAACAUGGAUCAUCCUGGUGUUCCUCUUCUUGCUUACUUUGACAAGCCCAUCCCCAUCGCUAGCAGUGGUAGAUCGAGGAAGCGGACGUCACAGCGGACAGGCGAUGAGGAUGGUUUUAAGGAGGAUCACAAUAGAUCCAGAUAAAUGUUGAAUGAAUGUUAAGUAACUCAGUAAGCAUAGCAUGGAAUUCUAGAACGCCGUCUAUCAAGACUGACUGCAACUUUCUGCAAAUUUGAAGAUGUUGUAUUAGAAGGCGUAGCAAACUUGGAGUCUGAGUCUGUCUCGAACCGAGACGACGGCCACUUUAGAAAAUGAAUUCUUGCAUAUACUUCUAACGCCAAGUAAACUCUGUGGCUGCAAGAAAGAGGAGUGCUCUUCUCCGUCAAAGGACCAGGACGCUGCUACGUCAAUGGUGGGUAGAGUAGAAGAUGUUGUAUUAGAAGGCGUAGCAAACAAGACUGGGACUGCGACGACAUCUACGAGACCCCGCACCAGAACGAGUCGUGGUCUCCCCACUCUUCAAGCAUUCUUUUCGAAGCUGAAGAUGCGCAGCAGUACUAAAAAAUCAGAAGAUCCGAUGGGAGCUGGAGGAGGACACGACCCGCACCAGCGCAACAACAUCACGUCCUCAAUUAUCGCCCAAAAUACAAAUAGUACUAUAAUAUAA